AUGGUGCUUGGCGGCUGCGGCAACGGAGCUGAUGGAGCGCAAGCCGACCAGUUCAACGGAGGCAGUAGCACGGAGCAGCGGCAGCAGCAUGGAGGGCGUCCGCUUGACUGGGAAGGUAACGGAACUGCAAAUAGGAAUGGCAGCGGCAACCAUGAUGCAAGUGCAAGUGGUUCUCAAAGCUCUUGGAAAGGAAUUAAAGAUAAUAACUUAUAUGAUCCUUGGAACCAUACAUGGCCGUAUUCUGGGGGUUUUCAUUGUAUGUACUGUGGCCUAAAGCACAAAGGUGGAGGUGCAACCCGUGCCAAGGAGCACCUUGGUUGGAUUGUAGGUAACGUGAGGAGCUGCCCAAAUGUGCCAAGAAAUGUGAGAGAUGCAAUGAGAGAGUGCCGGGAUGAAUCGAAGAGGAAGAAAAGAGAGAAACAAAAUAGCAGGCUGAGAAUUGAAAGAAAUAUUAUGGAAGGGAUGUAUCAACAAGGAAGGGUGAUUAACAUAAUAGAUGAUGAUGAAGAAGAAAUUCAGAUGAAUAUUCGAGAGGCAUUGCGUGACCCGAAUGUCUCCCGCAGAGUUGAUAGGAGGAUUGGCAAGGGGAGUGUGGGUGAUGUGCGAGUUGAUGUUGGCAAAAAGAGUAUCACCGCAUAUUUUGACAAGCAAUUAUGCAGCAACAAAGUAUCUAUGCAGCCCAAGAUCAGUAGUGCUUUGGAUCCUAAUUCGAGAGAUGCACUUGGCCUAGCUUGGUCCAAGUUUUUUCAUGCCAAUGAUAUUGCUGGACGUAAAGCUGACUGUCCAUACUUCCGAGCUGGUUUGAAGAUCACUCAACAAUUAGGACCUACUCCUAUACCAACCGCGAAGGAGAUUGAUGGAAAAUAUUUGGAUGCAAACUAUGAUGAAGCAACUUCGUUUCUUCAGAAAUUCAAACAAGAUUGGAAAAACUUUGGUGUGACUCUUAUGUGUGACUCUUGGACUGGUCCAACAGGAAUGUGUCUCAUAAACUUCAUGGUGUAUUGCAAUACACGAAUGUUCUUCCUUAAUAGUAUUGAUGCAUCCGGUCAGACUCAGAAUUCAGGUUACUUCCUCCUCUUCUUCGCGUUUUACUUUCUUCUUGAAUACUUGGAUUUGUCCUAGAAUUGUCUUAUGUUCAUGAAAAUAUUUGCUUUGUUCUAGUUAGGUAUAUACAUAUGUUCUUACAAUACUUUUCUUGAAUACUUGGAUCUGUCCUAGAAUUG